AUGGUGCAAAUCGACAUGUUCGGUCGCGGCUGGAAGCUGCAGCUGGCCAUCACAGCCGCUUGUUCCAUGGCCUUCAUCCUGUUCGGUUAUGAUCAGGGCGUUUUCAGUGGCAUUGUCGGCAACGACCACUUCCUAGACGUCGUCGGCCACCCCAACGAUACCCUACUAGGCAUUAUUGUUGCCGUAUAUAACCUCGGAUGCUUUACCGGCUGUAUCGCUGCCUUCUGUUUUGGAGAAACCCUGGGUCGCCGUAGGGCCAUGUGGGUGGCCAUGGCAUGGAUCAUUGUUGGCGGCGCUCUUCAAGCAUCGGCAUAUUCGAGAGGCCAUAUGAUUGCUGCUCGAUUCAUUACCGGAAUUGGCACUGGAAUGGAGACGUCGACGGUUCCAAUGUACCAAGCCGAACUUUCCCAUGCCCACAACCGAGGCCGUCUCGUCUGCAGUGAGCCCCUAUUCGUCGGUGUUGGUAUCGUCAUGGCAUACUGGUUCGACUAUGGCAUCAACUUCGUCGGCGGAGAAAUCGCGUGGAGGCUGCCCAUCGCUUGCCAGGUCAUCUUCGCCAUCAUCGUCAUCGUUCUCGUUUUCGGACUUCCGGACUCGCCGCGUGAUCUGUUCAACAAGGGCAGGCAUGACGAUGCCGUCAAGGUGCUCUGCGACGUCUUUGACAAGGAGCCCGAUCACCCGUCCAUCAAGAAGGAAAAGGCUGAGAUUCUGCAUGCCCUUUCUCUCGAGGGCGAGGCCCAGAAGAGCUGGCUGCACAUCUUCCAGCAGGAUGAGGUCCAGACCGGAAAGCGCGUCUUGCUCGCGUACGGCAUGCAAUUCAUGAACCAGGUUGGCGGUAUUAACCUUGUUGUCUACUACGUCCCUACCGUCCUUCAGGAGAACGUUGGCAUGACUCGUAACAUGUCGCUGCUUCUCGGUGGAGUUAUCCAAAUCAUGUUCCCACUUGGCUCAAUCAUCCCAGCUUUGGGUGCAGACAAGCUGGGUCGUCGCCGCCCUAUGAUGUGGGGAUCUUUUGGCUUGGGAAUUUGCAUGAUGAUGAUCUCGAUCCUCCUGAGCUUCAAGAACUCCAGCAUUGGAGAGCCCACCGCAUCCGCGAGUGUCGCCUUCUUCUUCGUCUACAUGUUUAUCUUCGGCGCCAGCUGUAACUGCAUCCCUUGGGUCUACGUCCCUGAAAUAUUGCCACUGAGAGCUAGAGCUCGUGGUACUGCCAUCGGUAUCUCAUCCAACUGGCUCUGGAACUUCGUCAUCGUCAUGAUCACGCCCAUCAUCAUCAACCGCCUGCAGUGGAAGGCCUACCUCAUCUUCAUGAUCACCAACCUCCUCUUCGUCCCGCUCAUUUACUUCUGCUACCCGGAGACUGCAAUGCUCUCGCUCGAGGAGAUGGACGAGCUGUACACGACGCGCGGCGAGAGCCCCAUCAAGAUCAGCAAGCGCAUCCGCAAGGAGAAGCAGAUGGGUAUGAGGAGCCUGGAGGUGGGCACAAGCUCGAACGAGGAGGUCGUCGCACCCAUCGAGAAGGGCAUUUCCGAGGAGGUUCAGACGCAUCACGAGCAUGCGGGGUCGAAAUAA